AUGGCACCGUCGGUGCCGAGGAAGAAGCGCAAGGUGAGCCUCCCGAAGAACGAGGAGGUCACGGCCAGGAUCUUCGAGAAGCACCGCUCCAUGGCGGCGCAGCAGCCGGCCGGCCUCCCAGACCACCAGGCUCGCGCGCUCUGCGCCGCCUACACCGGUGUCUGCGCCGCCAAGGAGCCCGUCCGGACCCCCGGCGACCUGGCCCGUCUCAAGUGCGCAUUCCCCCGCCUCUCUCGAACCGUUUCCUCUUACGCUAUUGAGACGAGCCUAGCCCAAACAACAGUAGGAAUUCUUGGAAUGAUGGUUACAGUUACACUGGAUGGAAUAGCAUGA